AGUUAGGUCAUUGUUUCAGUUUGAUGCCAAGAUAAUUGAGUAACAUAACACUGUGUGCCGGUAGUUGAUCUCAUCUGCCUGUAGUCUCUGCUAGUGGGUUUGCGCACUUGAACCCUCUUUGAGCCCGGUGUACCAGGGGACACUCUUGAGGGAAAGUGCAGUUUGGGGAAGGUAGGUCUGGCUUCCUUUCCCUGGGAGAAGAUGUGCCAGCGAGGGGAGGAGGUGGGCCACCCCCCGAGGAAGACCUCAGGGCCGGAGCUGCCCUAGUCAUCGCCCGAUGGAAGAUUCCAUCCCUGUGUGGAACAUCUAAACAACUUUUAUUAGUGGAAACAUUAUUUUGCUACAAAAUGAAUUCAGCAUCGUAAUUGAAACCAGCAUCUGUGUGGUUCUGAUUCAUCUGCCAUGGUUUAUGAAGCUUCAGAUCUAAGGAGUACAGGGUCUUUUGCGAUGACAAUAUGACUAAUAGUAAAGGAAGAUCUGUUACUAAUAAAACAAGUGGUGGUCCAAGUAGUGGAGGAGGUUUUGUAGACUGGACUUUAAGCUUACAUACAGUUCAAUCUGAUAAGUUUUUAAACUUAUUGUUGAGUAUGGUUCCAGUAAUUUACCAGAAGAACCCGGAAGACAGGCACAAAAAAGUGAACGGCAUUUGGCAAGAGGGGUUAUCAGCUGUGGCACAGACGUUUGGUACCAGAUCCGAGCCACACGUGGAGUAUCACAGAGUCCCGGAGCCGUCUUUCCAUGGCAAUAAUGGGCACACGCCGUCCAGCUAUAGCCCAAAGUACGACGACUAUGCCAACUACAAUUACUGUGACGCAGGGGAGACCUCCGAAACGACCGCCAUGCUACAAGCUGAGGAAAGGCCCAGUGACGGCGAGGAAGAUGUCAUCGUGGAAGCAAACCCGAAGCUGCCGAAGGAAUCCAGCGGCAUCAUGGCCCUGCAGAUCCUCGUGCCGUUUCUGCUAGCUGGCUUUGGGACCGUCUCUGCCGGCAUGGUUUUGGAUAUAGUCCAGCACUGGGAGGUGUUCAAAAAAGUAACCGAAGUUUUCAUUUUAGUUCCUGCACUACUUGGUCUCAAAGGGAACUUGGAAAUGACAUUGGCAUCUAGAUUAUCCACUGCAGUAAAUAUUGGGAAGAUGGAUUCACCCAUUGAAAAGUGGAACCUAAUAAUUGGCAACUUGGCUUUAAAACAGGUUCAAGCAACAGUCGUCGGUUUUCUAGCAGCCGUGGCGGCAGUUAUACUGGGCUGGAUCCCAGAGGGGAAGUACUACCUUGAUCACUCCAUACUGUUGUGCUCUAGCAGCGUAGCAACUGCCUUCAUCGCCUCUCUUCUGCAGGGAAUAAUCAUGGUUGGGGUUAUCGUUGGUUCAAAGAAGACUGGUAUAAAUCCUGAUAAUGUUGCCACACCCAUCGCUGCUAGUUUUGGUGACCUUAUAACACUUGCCAUAUUGGCUUGGAUAAGCCAGGGUUUGUACUCCUGUCUUGAGAAUUAUUACUACAUUUCUCCGUUGGUUGGUGUCUUUUUCUUGGCUCUAACUCCUAUCUGGAUUAUAGUAGCAGCCAAACAUCCAGCCACCAGGACAGUGCUCCACUCGGGCUGGGAGCCUGUCAUAACCGCUAUGGUUAUAAGUAGCAUUGGAGGCCUUAUUCUGGACACAACUGUAUCUGAUCCAAACUUGGUUGGAAUUGUUGUUUACACACCAGUUAUUAAUGGGAUUGGUGGUAAUUUGGUGGCCAUUCAGGCGAGCAGGAUUUCUACGUACCUCCACUUGCAUAGCAUUCCAGGAGAACUGCCCGAUGAACGCAAAGGCUGUUACUACCCGUUUAGAACUUUCUUUGGUUCAGGAGUAAAUCAUAAGUCUGCUCAAGUUCUGCUGCUUUUAGUAAUUCCCGGACAUUUAAUUUUCCUCUACACGAUUCAUCUGAUGAAAAGUGGUCACACUUCGCUAACUGUAAUCUUCGUAGUAGUAUUUUUAUUUGCUGCUGUGUUACAGGUAUUUACCUUGCUGUGGAUCGCUGACUGGAUGGUCCGUCACUUCUGGAGGAAGGGAAAGGACCCGGACAGUUUCUCCAUCCCCUACCUAACGGCACUGGGGGAUCUGCUUGGGACAGCGUUGUUAGCCUUAAGUUUUCAUUUUCUUUGGCUUAUUGGAGAUCGAGAUGGAGAUGUUGGAGACUAAUUGAUCCUACAAACUGCUCUCAAGUUACCGAGAAGGAAAACGCAAGAUAACCGCCAAUGGCUUUUUCAGAAAUCGUAAAUCAGUCGUUUGACUUCAGUCGGGGCACUCUGCAGUUGGCCCUCAUUCCAUUAAAUGGCCUUAACAUUUUUUAAAGGAAUUUGUGUCGAACCAGAAUGAACAGUAUUUAUGCUAAUUUCACACAGACAUAGAAUCAAGCUCAAUCUCCGAAGUUAAUGAAGUAGGAAAGCCUAUAGGAUGUUUACAGUGAAUCAUUUUAAAACCACAGACACAGCAGAAAUGUACUUGAUUAUUGUUUAACUUAUAAUGCCAGUUUAGGGGAGAGUUCGAGUUUAACCUCUGUUGUCUCACGGAUGUGUGGUGCCUACCACAUACCAUCCAUAAGAUGAAAGGGGCCCAACCACACUUUCAAUAGUUUUUAACUGUACCCGCCUCUCUGCUAGAUGAGGAACAAUUUGCCAAUUACUUACUCCUCACCUGACCUAAAUAGGUUCUGCUGAGCAUAAGAUAAAUGGACUUAGACCUGCUGCUAUGAAUUUCCCUGUGCCAAUGCUAAUUCAAUUUCAUCUCUGCAAGUCCUUGGCAGGCUGCCCUUGAAACAUAGAAUGACCUUGAGAGAUCUUUCAUGAAAGCAGUGGGUCAUUUUUGAUCAUCGAU